AUGGCAGCAGGGAUCAUCAGAAACUUCCUCGUCCAGGCCCCGACUCCGGCCUACUUCCCCCUCAUUUUCCAGCACUCUCCCUGCAAGGAAGACGAAGAGGAGAUGCUGGAGGAAAAACCAGAGGUGAGGGAAGAUGAAGAGGAAAGAGAAGUAGAGGAGGAGGAGGAGGAUGACGAUGAAGAAUCUGAAGCUCAGGAGGAAGAGGAGGAAUGUUUAGAGGAGGUUUUCUUAAACCCCUCCCACUACGCUUUGGAUGUGACCAAGCAGCUGCUGAGGUUUGCAGAUGUCAUCAGCCGUGACGUCCAGCGGUAUUUUGGUCGCUGCUCUGGUGAUCAAGAAGCUUGUGACAUCUACAGCGACUCGGUCUCUGUGACAACUAGCGGGCGACUGCGUUACUAUGACGACCUGCUAAAACUCGCAAGAGCAGGAAGCCCAGAGGAGCAAGAAAACAGCUUUGUGACUUGUGCUGAUGAUCAAGGAGUCAGGGUUGCUAAGGGCAACAUCGGUUUGGGGCCCCUGGCUGAACUGUUUGACCACAAGGGCCAGAGUCAGGGCCGCAGCCGGCCGAUGAUCAAGCGGCAUCUCCCGCUCAGUUUCUGGACUGAGCCGAUCCCCUGCUGCUCUCUGAAUGAUCCUUUUAUAUCUACAGACGUUGGCUUCUAUGGAACUGCUAUGUUUCUACAGUAG